AUGUCAAGCGGACAAGCAAGAAGACAGGAGCCAACAACAGCUAAGACAAGAUCUUUCACACAGCCAUCUUUUACGAGAGGAUUGGCAUCAAGUUCACAGAAGAGCGACACGCGCAGCCAAGAACAGCAACUCUGGGACGCCAUCUGCAGCGACGACCUCAAAAAGGUUCACACCAUUCUGUGUGCCGCACAGAACCUUAACCUGAACAAACCGUACACUGUGAUCACCAUUGAUAAAAACCAGGGCCGUGAUACGUGCAGUACAACCUAUCUCUUACAGGCGUGUAAGGUGUGUAGGUCCUCCGAGAUAGCCUGCGCUCUGAUCCGAGCGGGCGCUAACGUCAACGCGAGCGGAAAUGUCCUGAAGAAGGUGCAAUACGGCAGCACGUGGGUUAAGGAUGCGGCCGUCGGAAACGCUACCCCGCUCAUUCUCGCUGUCGUCAUGAGGAGCGAAGACCUUGUGAGAUGCUUACUACAACUCGGCGCUGACGUCAACUCAACCAAUGAGGCGGGAGAGAGUGCCCUUCACUAUGUCUUCACGGGGACCACGCAGAACCCCAGUCACGCAACCAGGAAGACCCCAAUGGCAACGAAAGAUCGUAACGCGACUGAUGCAGUGUUCACAGCCCUGGUGGAGAACGGCGUUGACUUGAACUUAAGCGAUAAACAGGGUUUCACUGCCCUACAUGUGGCUGCCGAGAAAGGAAGUCUAGAGGAGGUACAAACCCUAGUGAAGGCAGGAGCUGACAUCAAUGUACAAACCCCUGUGACAGGACUGACUCCUCUCAGCUUGGCUAAACAUGCCAGCAAUGUAGCUGUAGUGAACUUCUUACUACAGUGUGCAGAGGGGAAGGAUAUAAAGGCUUUGGUAGAGAACAGUGUAGACUUGAUCUUAAGCGAUAAACAGGGUUUCACCGCCCUUCAUGUGGCUGUAGAGAAGGGAAGUCUUGAGGAGGUACAGACUCUAGUGAAGGCAGGAGCAGACAUAAAUGUACAAACUCCUGUUACAGGACUGACUCCUCUCAGCCUGGCUAAACAUGCCAGUAAUGUAGCUGUGGUCAACUACUUACUACAGCGGGCUGAAGGGAAGGAUAUAAAGGGUGAUGAAGUCAAAAAUUGA